GUGCCAUUUGUGUCAAGCAAAAAUCAGUUUGAUUCCCACAUAUCCCCUACAGCUACACUCGACGAGAUCACGAAAUGGACACAUCCCGUGAAGGUACGCCCAGCCUAGGCUCCUACAGGUCUUCAAAGGGUCCGAGUACUGGCUCAUUGGAGGAUGGCAGCUCUUUUGAAGAUCUGAGCAGACCUUUCUCGAGACAUACCAGGAAUAAGUCAGCCAAAAGCAAGAGCCUACAGGGGUCAAACCUUGAUGUGAUAUCCCGCUUCCUUAAGGAUCGAGAUGCAGCGGCCUGCUCCAAUACCACAGAGCGGUCCAGAGAGCCUAAGGAUAAGGUCUCAAAAAGAAGUUUCUUCUACAAGGCCGAGGCUCAAAGCAAACACUCCAGGGAAUCCUUUUCUUCUUCAGAAGUACAUGAUGCCAGGCCAGGGGAUAUUCGCGAAGACAGGCAAUCCUAUCUGAAAUCGGAUGAACCUGAAGUGCUCCAGAGUCGUUCCCAUCAAAGUCAGCGAUCCACCGACGGCUCCAUGAGCUUUAGCCAAAUAUACAGUGAAAUCUACGAGGAAUCCAAGAAGCGUGAGAAGAAGGCUGAGCGGGCUUGUCGGAACUACCAUAUAAACAAAUCAAAACUGCACAGAAAUCAAGAUAUAUCGGAAUCCGGCAGCGCGGCAUACGAGGGAAAUAAUGGCAGCUUGGGCUCCGAGUACUCCAGUUAUUCGGCCAGGAGGUCCAGGGACUACGAAUCCCGAUCAAUGGAAGACCGGGAUUUUGAGAGCUUUGUGAGAGAUCAACAGCAAAGCAUCGUCGGCUACCAGGACCGUGAAUCCUCGCGCAGCGAAAGGAGCUCCUUUAAGAGAUUGAUCGCGAGUGAAUGGGAGGAAUCUAUUCCAGAGGAUAAUGAACUAGAAAUAGAUGUUCGCUCAAGUGCGACCUCUUCGAACAGAGUGUCCCGGCACUCAAGAGACUCGCAGAGAUCUACGAAGGAAAGCCAGGGCUCUAGAAGCUCAGAUAAAGACAGAGUAUCGAGAGGAUCUAGUUUUCGCAAGUCUGACCAUAAGUAUUCUGAAAAAUCAUCUUCGAGGCAACAAGUAUCUUCAGAGCGAGGAAAAAGUUCUGGUUAUACCAGGUCCAUGAAAACAAACUCGGUAAGCCUGCCUCCCGAAGAGACUUAUGGAACUGAGUACGAAGACUACAAAAGUCAACGCUCUUCUACAAGUGCCUCUUUACGAUCCGAAUGCGAAGAAGAUUAUCUUCCGAGCAGCAGCACACGCCAUCGUCAUCAUCAUCAUUAUCGUCGCCUACAAGGUGAGCCCAAGACAUAUCAAGAUCGUGGAAAUAGUCCCAUUAACAUCAAGACAUCGCGACAUUCUAUCGAAAUGCAGGAACCUCAGGAAGACUUUGAAUACGAGGGUGAGAAUUCGUUGGGUAGGUCUCUUGAGUUCCAUGACAGUUCCAUGGGUAAAUCAAGUAUUUCGGUGGGUGUCCAGUAUCCCAGCGAGGACGAAGGAGAGGCUCCCUAUACUGAGGGAGGGGAAAGUUAUAUUUCCCAACAGCCUGAAAAUCUUGAGGAAAACCCAAACACAUGGUAUACCGAGGAAAUGGAAAGUAAUAUUUCCGAAAAUCAGGAAAGUAAUGAGGAAAAACCAACAUGGUCUAGAAAGGAAAAGCAAGAGUCUAUAAUUGCCGAGGUUGUCACUCGAAUGUUUAAUGAGGAGUUGACAAUGCAAAAAUAUAAAUUAUUGGAUAUUAUAGCCAAACAUGAAGGAGCUCAAAUGGCAAAUAAAACGGAGGACUCUUCAUAUAAACCAGCGGAAUCACUAAGAGAUGAUAAUGUCGAAAAUAUUAGCGCCUAUGACGGGGCUUCACAGAAUCCUACAAAUUCGUGUUAUUCCGAAUGUGAUCAGGUGAUGAGUAUGCCAAAUAAAACUGAGGACUACGCGUAUGAACCAGCGGAAUCAUUAAAAGAUGAUUAUGAAGAAAAUAUUAGCGCCUAUGAAGUGGCCUCACAGAACCCCACAAAAUCGGUCUAUUCCGAAUAUGAUCAGGUGAUGAGUACUGAAGAAAGUAUGAAAUCGGAACUGCCACUAUCAGUAAAAGGUGAUUACGACGAAAAUAUUAGCGCAUAUGAAGGGUCCUUAAAGAAUCCAACAAAUUCGGUUUAUUCCCAAUGUGAUCAGGUGAUAAAUAUGCCAAAUAAAACGGAGGACUAUUUGUAUGAACCAGAAGAAUCAUUAAAAGAUGAUUAUGAUGAAAACAUUUGCGGAUAUGAAGGGGCCUCACAGAAUCCCACAAAUUCGGUUUAUUCUGAAUGCGAUCAGGUGAUGAGUAUGCCAAAUAAAACGGAGGACUAUUCGUAUGAACCAGAGGAAUCAUUCAAAGAUGAUUAUGACGAAAAUAUUAGCGGAUAUGAAGGGGCCUCACAGGAUCUCACAAACUCGGUUUGUUCCGAAUAUGAUCAGGUGACAAGUGCUGAAGAAAGUGUGAAAUCAGAACUGCCACAAGAAGUAGUCCAACCGAAGCCAAAAAGCGCCUUUAAUCUCAGGAUAUACAAUGCUGACGAGGCGCUGAUGAUAAUGCCAGAGAAUUACAAAGGACCUGCCAUCAUUCUAGAUGAUGAUGCUGAGUUUUUGGACAUAUCACUGACCGAUGAUGAGGAGCAGAUCCGGGCCAAGCUGAUGGCGGCAGCUCUGACCACCAAACGAACCAGUAGCUCCAGCAGCCCCUACACCAGUAGUCCCAAGACCAGUGCUAGUCCCUAUUCCAUCCAGCCGAGCAUUGGCAGUUACCGACCAAGUGUCAUCUUCAGUCGCCGAUCGGAGGAGGACGAGGAGGAUCCUCCGCCACGCCCCAAAAGUCGCAUUGCCCUCCUGGCCGAGCAAACCCUGAGGCACUGCUCCCAGAAUUAUACUAACGUGAUGCCUUUGAAGAUUAGGGGGGUUCCCAACACGCUGUCCUUAGACGAAUGGAACGGCACUUCGCGACUCAAAGCUGACCGCCAGAUCCUGGCCGAGGAGUUCCAAAAAAAGUUUAACCGCCAGCUGAAAAUUGUUGCGGAGAGUUUUCAAUGAAUU